AUGAGUCGAACUAGGCGAGCGUACAACUGGCAAGAGCUCGCCGACGCGUGUUCAUUUACAGUAGAGACUGUUGCUAAGGAAGCUCACGUGCAUAUUCACGUGAGCAUUAAACGCUCGCGUGACCUCGACCAAUUACACGAAAGGAGCGUGUACACGGCAACCGAAGUGACAACGAAAGUCUCCAACUGUUUCGUUGCUCCGGCCAUUAAAAUCAUGGCAGCUUCUAAUCAAAGAGCCAAGUCGGCAUUGACUCGACACACUGGCCGUCUGGAAAAUGAAUUUUCGGAGAACGAACUAGCUUCUCGAGUGAGUAGCUCGAGACGUGUGCAGUCUGCUCGCGAACGCAAGAUGUCUCAAGAGUCGUCGCACGUUUUUCCCAGCGAACUUUACAGCCCGUCGGUGGGUGGAGAUCGUUGGAAAACGAUGUACAGCGAGGACUACGAAUCGAAAGCGAGCACCAGACCUUCAUCGGCCCGCCCCACCUCACCCACCCGACGCAACAACCCUCAUCCAAGACAGUCUUUCAUGACGUGGAGGAUUCCCGCCCGUCAAUUGUCAAUGGACGACGAAGGGAUCGACGGGGACGUCUUGAAAAGCAAAUUGCAAGAAUUCGAAGUUGACGUCGCCGAGACUUUCCAGAAAGACUACAAAGACUCGAGAAAUGAUGGAGAUGCUCACAACGAGGUGCUAACAACACUUGCAAAGCUGCCACUACAGACUCCAGACCCAGAAAGCUGGGAGUAUGGACGCAGACUGUCACAACCAUCGCCUGGCAAACUUCCCGCCAUGCCAAAGCGAAUCGAAGUGCAACCGGCGACGGACGAAAUCGAUUUGAUCGAAUCAAAGCCCAAAACGAAGGCGAAAGUGGACAAGAUAAAAAUUCCGGUCACCCAACAGACACUAGAGACGGCAGUAAAAUCUGAGCACUUACCGGCCGUCGACGAUUGGCUCAAGAAUGCUAACAAACGAGAGCAGCACGCAGUCCUAAGUAUGCUAAAGUCGGCAGAAGACGCUCAAAUCGAUCGGGCCGUCAGUCGCACAUUGCAGCCGCACACAAUACCUGCCGUACAACAGUGGCUCAAAGAAGCAAAACCCGAGGAUCGCACUGUUGCCGUACGACUGUUGAAUGCUAUCUCUCCACCAUCGAGUGCUCGUCCUCCGUCACGUGCGCAAGUGCGGAGACGCGCUUCUGUGUCGGUCGAUCUCGUUCCGAAGGUUUCGUCGCAGGCCGCCGCCAAGCAGCUCUACCGUCGUCACAGCAUGCCCGAGCGCGCUAACGCUCCUCGAAACAAACAGCCGGCUGCACUGUGGCAUCUCGAUCCGUUCCGUAAUCAGCGACCGACCGGCGUGCAUCGCGAGUCGGUGUUCGGUUCUGCUCCCAAGUUUCGCGGUUCUCACUAUGUUAUUCAUCCGGAAUGGCCCGAAUACGUUUGAACUCGCAUCCUAGAUCACUUCAUACAAGCACGCGUGUAAAACUGCCGCGAUUAUUUAGCCGAGAAUAUUUUGUAUUCGGUUCUAGCCGACGUAUACUAUUUGGUUUGUAAAUGCUUUGCAGUAUCGCGAUAGACUAGAUUUUCCUAAGCAUUUUUAGCUCAUUUGGCGCCAGUGAUUAAUGAAUGAUAAUUAAAGAUGUUGCAUUCCGGCCACGCCUUAUGUAAUUGUGAGGUGUCGUUCGGUUUGUGAUCACGUGAAAA